AUGCGUGACCGCAAGGCGGGCCUACCAAUCAGUCCUGAAUGGGAGUCGGAGGAUCAAUAUAUUCAAUCACUCCUGGAAUUUCCCACAACUUCCAGCUUAUUCCACAAUCUAUGUGGCGGUGUUCAUAUUCUGGAUUUUCUGACGCGAGAACCUGAUCUCUACACGACAGUGUUACCUCAGGAAUGGCGCGACUGGUUCGACCUGGUGUCAAUUGACGACGUUCUUGACCUUCUCCUGCGACUCGAUGUUGCACAGCUUCGGGCCCGAUCCGAGCCAGCCACUGGAUCAUCGCAGAAGCUACCAAAUCCACCACAGAGCUUACUGGACUAUAUUUCCAGCAUCAGGAAACUCUGCUUGAUCAGGAAGUUCUCGCCCAUGUCUGACGAGAUUACCGAAUUGCCCAGACACGUAGCUGUCGGCAUGAAACCGAAGAAGAUCCAUGAGGUCACCAAUUUCGCUGCAUAUGUCGGCGAACUUUCAGCAGAUCUCUUUAAUCGUUUCCAGGAGCCCAUCGCAGUCGUGGACUUUGGGUCAGGCCAGAACUACCUUGGUCGAACACUGGCCAGUCCACCAUACCACAAGCACGUGAUUGCAAUCGAACGGAAACAUCAUAACAUAGAUGGAGCACGAAGCAUGGAUGUCCAUGCAAGGCUGGCAAAGAAGGAAAAGAUUAUGCGCAAUAAGAAGGAAUGGAAGAGACAGCUUACCAUGCCAAGCGAGGUGACCACUCCACAGUCAGAGCGACUCGAACAGAAGCCGCUGCCUGUCCCUGAUGUUGUAUUGGAUUCUUCUGAUGAUUCACCGCGCAAGCUCAUCGACCGAAACAAUGGCUCUAUGAGUUACGUGGAACACGAUAUCAAGGAUGGACACCUGGAGAGUAUCUUGUAUCCCGCCGAUUAUUCUGAAGCAGACGACUGUGACAACACAAUGUCCUCUCAAGGCCGGGCGGUCCCGCUUGCAGAUGACUCGGACUCAGUAGGGCCUAUUGGCAAGCGAUCAAAAGCGAUGGUGGUGUCACUGCACUCGUGUGGUAACUUACUGCACCAUGGCCUAAGGUCCCUGAUCCUCAACCCUUCCAUCUGCGCCGUUGCUAUGAUCGGCUGCUGUUACAAUCUCCUCACCGAACGUCUUGGUCCGGCCACGUAUAAAUUACCACAACUGCGGCCUAAUCACCCCAGACUUGUAGCUACUGGCAACGCGUUCGACCCGCAUGGAUUCCCAAUGUCUAAGACAUUCGAGGACUUUGAGCGCCACGGCGAAAAGGGACUGAGGUUGAACAUUACUGCACGCAUGAUGGCCGUUCAGGCACCCUACAACUGGGGUCCUGACGACAGCAAGGCAUUCUUCCAGCGCCAUUUCUACAGAGCUCUGCUCCAACGGAUAUUGCUCGACUUGGGUGUUGUCCAUCAAUGCUCUGAUCCGGGAAGUCUCGCUGGCGGUAGCAUCACCGGGAAAGACACAGACGGAACCCCUCUCAUCGUCGGAAGCUUGAGAAAGGCAUGCUUUGUCAACUUUCGAGCUUAUGUCAAUGGUGCUCUGGCGAAACUAAGGGACGAUCCCGUCGAUGGGCCUAUGAUAGCACAACUCACGCAGCCGCUCAAUGACGAUAUGAUAGCUGACUAUGAAGCUCGUUGGGGCUACACACAGAAGAACCUUGCAGUGAUCUGGAGUCUGAUGGCUUUCAGUGCCGGCGUGGUCGAAAGCCUUAUUGCAGUGGACCGAUAUCUCUUCUUGAAAGAACAAGACUCUGUCGAGGACUGCUGGGUUGAGACUGUCUUCGACUACAAGCACAGCCCUCGAAAUCUAGUUGUGGUCGGGAUCAAAAAGAGCGAAGGGUGCUCUUGA